AUGGAUGUCCCCCUUCCAACGACGAAGCUCACCUUUCCCCCAUCGCCACUGCCGGUGUGUGGAUCGUCGGAGGGACUGGACGGCCCGUCGGUUGAUGCCCCUGUCCGGUGAGUUGCCGUUAGUAGGAAAUACGUCCUUCUUAAAGUCGUCGCUUUACAUUGAAUUGGCCAUUGUUCGUCAGAUUGGAUGCGAGUAAGCCAGUCUUCCUCUCUUUGAAAGAAGAGGUGCCUCCAGUUCUGCUUGUGCUUCUAUCAGUUUUUUUCUUCUCCGUAUUAUCCUCUCUGUUGGGUUAAUAAUUUUUUUGUGAGGAACUUCUGAACUCAAUCACUUGCUUCCGUUAUUUAGCAGUUUUCUAAUGAUGUCCAUCUUGUAGAAUGUACCCAUUUUGUCUGAUUUUUUUCAUCUUACUGAUGAUGCUGCUUUCCUGACUUCAAUGCGGAACUCAGGAAUCCAGUGUGUGUUGUCUUGGUGUCAACAGGAAGCUUCAAUCCUCCAACCUAUAUGCACUUGAGAAUGUUUGGUACGUUCAAAUGUAUUAUUUAUAUUUUUUAUGUCCAUUAAAAAAUUGCCUGAUUAUGAGGACAACAUUGACGGGGUGAGACAGUUAUGCUGUACCGCAUAAGUUGGGCAACAUAAGAUACAUUCUCAAAAAAAAUCACGUGCGGUGCAUUGUUGCGUGUCAUGCUGUAUCAUGUCUUUUUCAGUCGUUGGGUAGUUGGGGCCGAAAAGGGGUUUACGAUUCUCUAGCUAGUUGAGAUUCCUGGGGGAGAUGGAGGUGGGUCCAUUGCAUUCUUGAAAGAGCGAACAAGAUUUAGAAGUCUUGUUGUAUCAUUCGAGAAGAAUGCUUGAAAUUAAAGCUUCUCCAGAGAUGUCUGAAGGAAAGUUUCCUGCAUCGUGUCCAUUUGAAUAAUCCACACAUGUCUCUGCAGUUGUGAAAAUGAUCUGCAUAUUCCUAUCAGUACAGGUUUCUAUAAAGUGUAGCUAUGUCUAGGUGCUUGGUAAGUUUCUUCUGAUCAUUAAUAAGUCGCUGUUGUAAAAGUCUUUUACAACUGAGUUUUAUACUUUUUGGAGUUUCUUUCAUACCAAAGUAACCAACAUUGAUUCGAAUGAGUAGCGUGGAAGCUCUACAGUUUUUUUCGCCAUGUUACUUGUAUCUUUAUACAGUGCAUGGUUAAGAUAACUUUUGACAAAAGAGGGCCUCUCAAAAGUUUAAUCAAAUAAAUUAGCUUCCAUAAAAGGUACUUUUUCUGUAGUAAAAAGGGUACCAAGCCUACAAGAAUAGACCAAAUGCUCCUACUGUUUGAUUUAUGUUUUGAAGCUAAAAGGUAGUCACCUUUUCCGAGAAACAGUUAUAAUUAUAACAUAUGAAAGGGAAUGAAUGUUCAUUAUUGCUUGGCCAUCUGCAGGCGCUACUGAUAAAGACUUGUGCUAAUUUUAGUCUUUUUUUUCUUGUAUUUACUAGAAUUGGCAAGGGAUGCUCUAAAUUCAGAUGGGUUUUUUGUUGUUGGAGGCUACAUGUCACCUGUGAAUGAUUCAUACAAAAAGAAGGUACUUAUUUAUGUAAUGUUUAAUGAAUAUGCAUACAUGAAACAUUUAACGAAACUCAUACAUGGAUUUGGGUGAUGAAUACAUUCUCUAUCGAUGUUUUCCAUCCUAAAGAUAUGUGCAACAUCCAUUGUCCCAUAGCCGGUAAGAUAUGUUCAACAUCCAUGUGCCCAUGGCAUCAUAUAACGAUUGCCUUGUUGUAGUUAAUGCCUAAAAGCUUUCCUGUAACUAGAUAGAUCGUCAACUUCUGGUCUCCUUUUACCCCUUAAAGUUAUACUGUUAAAGAACCAGGCUGGCCAAUCAAAAUGGACUACUAUGAGCACAGGGAUUGAAGCCCCCCAAAAUUCUGCCAGGCCCAUAUCAACUAACGUGCAAAAUGGAGUCGAAUCACUAAAAAUAUUCUUAAAUUCGUAAUUUUUCAUGUCUAGCACCUGAAUGGCCCAUAUAUUUAACCACAUGAUUUCAUUUGUCCCAGUCGAAAGGAAAAAGGAAAGUAUCACAUCAUGUAGAUUUUUAAUUUAAAUGGGAAAGAGAGAAAUGUAAUUUUUAUUUUUGUUAGUUAAAAGAGUUUUUGGGUCGUAAUGUUUAUAUUUCGAUUUUUUUAGGUAACCUUUGUUCCGUCUCAUUAGAGUCUUGCAAAUUCAUUUCAUUUCUUAGAUCUAGAGACGAUUUGUUACAAUAUCACCUCUUGGACUUUUUCUUUCUUGUGAAUUUCCACAGUAUUUGUACAUAUGGCCAAAAAACCUUUUUUUUCAAACCUGACUCUCUUUUAAUCAAAUUAUCAAUAUUGGAAAUCUUAGAUUAUCUUCGUGUUAAUAAUAUGGGGUGAGACUGUGUUUUGAAAAAUGUUGAAGUUCAGCUCUCAAAAUGUCUCAUUAUUCAUUGAAGACGAAAAUACCUAUAGGAGGACCUGCUGAGACCUAGAAGAGAGACACCAUCUUCUUGGGGCCAUUGAGUUUUCCGUACUUCAUUUGAGUCUAUGUUGCAUUUUUACGGAGAACUCCUGAAAGAUAAUAUAUGAUAGAACGCCCCUACAGUUAUUUUUUUUUACACUUCCUACAGUUAGGAACUUGGAGCUGAGACACAUAUCAAAAGCAGGAGUAGGAACGGUGACGGGUUUGAGUGGAGAAUCUUUUAAACUUGUAGUUCAAUUUCGAUAGGAAGUUCAAGCAUCAUAUGAUGGCUAAGCUUCGACAUUGUAACAAAUUGGCUCUAGAUCUAAGGUCAAGAGAUUGAGCUUCUGUCUGAGCGUCCAGUGAGGUUAUUGGAGUCGUUUGCAAAGUUUCUCCAGAUACGUAGAGGUCUUUGAUGAGAUUUUACCUACCAAUUGUGGAUAUAUGGUAGUUUUCCUCCACAGUGUUUCCUUUUUUGGGCUAGGUUCACCAUCCGAACAUACUGGGCCUACUUGUAAGGUUGAGACGUUCAGCUUAUUUAGGCAGUUGAAGUCGUGUUGUUGUUUAUCUUUUUUAAAAAGUUCACAGAUUCUUGUAGAAGUGGGAUAAAAUUCACGAAAUAAUUUUUCAGCUUUUUUUCUGUUAGAGAUAUGGUAGUUUGUUGAAUAUAUAUUUUUUUAUCAGUCAAUAGAUUAUGCCUGGUCGAUGUCUUCACUGGUACGGUGUUAGAGUAUGGAUUAUCAUUUUGCUUAAACUUGAUCCUCAUAAUUAUUUUGGCAAAUGCAACAAUUUUUUGCACAAGACUUUUUUGUCUUACCUGUGAAAAUAAUGGUUUGAAUUGAACUUUCUUGUGCUACGUUACAGGGUUUAUUAUCAGCUGAACAUCGUGUUCAUAUGUGUGAGCUUGCUUGCAAAAGUUCUUCCUUUGUGAUGGUAGAUUUAUGGGAGGUAAUGAUUUCAUGGACGACAUUGUAAUCUAGUGCAAAAGUUCUUCCUUUGUACAAGGCAUUGAGAAUUGGGCUGAUGUUUGCAUUUGUUUAUAUUUUCUAAGUUUUUUAUAGUUGUACAAAGGCAUGUUAUUCUCACACAUGUAAAGCAAUAGAUGGGAGCUGGGGCUGGCAAACAGGUUGAACUUGUCCAAGAACCAGCAGAAUCAGAAUUGGAUAGAUAGACGAACUGGAAAACAGGUUGAGCUCGUCCGGAACCGGUCGAACCACACAGAGAGAGAGAGAGAGAGAGAGAGGAAGGAUUUUUUUGGAGACUAGGGACAACAAGUUGGGGUUUUUUAUGUGGCCCUCUCGUCACAUAUUUUUAUUUAGUGUAGAGGGUGGUGAUCACACGAUAAACAUUAUAUGAGCCAAAUAAAAUAGGUCCAAAAUCUAAAUUACGCACUAACACUUUAGAUAGUGAACCCAAGUAGACUUUAAAUUACAAGUAGACUUUUUAUAAUGGUUGAGUAAAGGAUGGAAGAGAUUGUUUUUCAUGUACUCAGAGUAAGAUCAGUGUCUCUGGACCAUUAUCCAGUUUCUGAGCUUUAAAUCUAUUGGCAAUGUAGGGCUUCUAAAACCUGGAUUAGAGAGGGAAAAGAAAAUCUGCAAUCCCUUGUGUACUUCGCGAAUUUGGCAUAAGAGGGUCAUUGACCAGAUUGAUAGGGCAAAGUUUUCGUUAACAUCAAAUGGUGGAAACCAAUCCGGAUCUAAAGUCUGAAUUAUUAUUUUUGGAAACAAUAAAAAAAGGCCCUUGGAAAAUAUCAUUUUUUUCUUCUGUGCCAUACUGAAAGGAGGCAAAUCUCUGAACUACCUCACAACAUAUCCUGAUCUUAAUUGGGUUAUGAAUAUGAGAACAGAGACUUAGCUCACUAUUCCAAAAUCAUCCUAUACAAUUCAAUUUCCAAUUCUGGUUAUUCUCCUUCAGUUUUGAGUUAUUUUACUUUUAAAUUUUUUUUUGAUCUUAUAUACGUACUUGAAGAACUCUAGUCCAAUGCUGCCUAUUCACACACCUUCCUAACAAAUAAGCCUCCAUUUUUAGCAUGAUUCCAGUUGAAUCCUAAAAUUGAAGCCAGUGUGGUAAGCAAUAUUUUUCAUGCAUCCAGGUUUCCUCAACAUGUCUUCUAAUUUGUUGACCUUUGUCAUCUUGAUUCUUCUAAUGUUUAAGAUCUCCAUUUUCUAUUGGAUACCAAUUCCAAGUCUGUAGGAUUCUUAUUUAUUAUGAUGGGAAAAACCACUUUCUGUGGAGGAUUAGUUGAAUACGCUUCUUGAUGGUUCAAGAACUUUGGGCUUUUGUUGAUGGAAGCGAAGAACAGCCUAAAGAAGAAAAAGGAAACGAAAAAGGACUAGAAACAUGGAAAAGAAACAAUGCAAGGUUGAUGAUUUGGAUUGUGAGUAGUCUCGAUCCUCAUACUGUAUGAAUUUUACGGCACACACCUCCCUCUUAGCAAUUGCAGAGUGUGUAAUUGCCCUCGCACUCUUUUCUUAGCUUGGAAAAACAGUCUGUACAUAACUUUGCAGUUGCAGUUACGUACCCAACAUUGCAACUGAUCUCAUUUGAAUUCACAGAUGUUUGAAGACGUGCCUUUUAUCACAGUGCAUAGAACGUAAUAAGUGGAUGCAGGAGAAGAUGGAUGUGAUAGAGAGACUGGAGUUGAUAAUCAGUUUAGUGUGACCGUUAGUUUUAUAGGGGAAAACUAAAGACGGAAGGUGAAGAUAUUUUAGUUUUCGAGGAUUCAUUUGAGGGGCCCGACCUUAUAGUUUAUUUAAUCUCAUGGCCGUAUCGUCUAAUCUCCUGCGCAACACUGUGAGCAUAUUCCUGAAAACUGAUUAAUAUUUACCGACAUUAUUUGUCAGAUAGUUUACUUUUGGCAAGCUUCAGUCUCUUGGUUACGUCUUUGUACAAUCAUAUUACAUCUUUAUUUUUGGCUUAACUUAUGUUCUUCUUUUCAUAUAUUUAUCUCAGGCAAAACAAAGCAGCUAUCAACGCACCUUGACUGUUAUUUCUAGAAUCCAAAGCUCUCUUUGUGACAUUCUUUGCAUACCAAAAGGUGAAUAUUGACACAUCACAGAUAGAAGCUCUGUAAAUCACAGAUAAUUUGGAUCUCAAGGUGCAUAAUACUGAUGUUUUUAUUCCGAUUCUAAUUAGAAGCUUUUAAUUGGUUUUACUUCCUGCAUUUAAUCUUCAUCUUCUCUGUUCAGACAUCUCUGGGACUGCCAUUUUCUAUUUAUUUAUUAAUAUAUCCUUUUUUUUGGCAACCUUUUCUUUAUUGACGUCCGUAUCCCUUUUCAUGUUUGUAUCAAGUUGUUUUAUUUCAAAGGAAACCUCGCUGGGUUGGCAUAUAGUAAGUUUUCUUUGUUUAUUAGGGCCUGUGGCCCAAAUCCUUUAAUAGGGCGUUUGGCACCAUGCUGUAAUGCUUUGCCAUUAGUAGACGAUCUUAAAAAGAUUCAAACAUGUAUUCUUAAUCAAGCUCCUUCAUUUGACUAGACUGAGUAGGCAAGCUUUAUGAUAUCAUCAGGGUCUCUUGGUAAUUUAGUUUGACUAAUUGAGUACCUUUUUUGGUGAUUUGGUUGGAUUAUUUGAGUAGCAUUUCUCCAUGCAUUGAAGAACAGUAACGGGUCAUCUUUUUCACAGUGGUCAUACCAUUGCAGCUGCCUCUGCCAUCUGUAGUUUAAUCACAUUGUUUUAUGAAAUUGUUAAAAUACUGCAUCUCCUUAUUAUGAGAUGCUGCGAAAUCAGUGAACACAUUUACUAAUUUGAGAAUCGAUCAUAAAAUAUAUGCAUCAGCCACUCUGUUAUUAGAAAGUAGAUUAGAAUAGGCCCAUUAUCAUGAUAGUAUGACCAUGAGUAGUUUUGAAAUAUGGGUUCAUUAGCUUUGAUGUGUUCUGCCCCAUUUUCUCUAUUCAUAAAUAUGUGAGGAGGAUGGCCUAAGAUUGUGAACUAAGAUAAGCAGAAACUGAACUCAAGUUGUGAACGAGGAUUUUUUGAACUUAUAUCCAGAUACCUUCAAGGUGAUGUACUGCUGUUUCUUUCUUCCGCAUACAUCUAUUCUAUUGAUCCACUAAGAGUUGAUACUGGAACCCCCACUCCGUCAAGCCCCUAAGUGCUCUUAAAUGACCACAGUAAUGUUGUUUGCAUUGGAUCCCUUGGUCUUCCUAGUGUCCUUCGUUUCAUGCUUAUGCAUGCUGCUUAUAUUUCUAUUUUAUUAACUAUUGUGCUCGGAACUUUGAUAAUAAUUGAUCGAUAUUUAUUUUUUACUCCUUUACUAGCUUCUGUUCGUUAUCAAAUGUGAAUGGACUUUAAUUUUUCAUGGUAGAGUCACUUAAGGUCAUGCUAUUAUGUGGCUCUGAUCUACUGGAAUCUUUUGCCACGCCUGGAGUUUGGAUUAGGGAUCAGGUAGUUCCUGCCUCUACUAUACGACUUUAAUUUAGGGCAUCAAAAUGAACUAGUUGUACUUGUUUCCUACCAUUUAUCUAUUCUUUUGUCAGGAUUUAAUUCUGAAAGCGCAUAAUUGGAUCAUAAGCUCAAGUGUAUUGUUUAGUCAUUUUGAUGUGCAUGCUUACAUCUUUCAAUACAUACUAUAUCUUGCAUUAUUUGUCUCAGACUCAAAGUCACCUGGUUUAAAUAAUGCUUUAUGCAAAUUAUCGAUUUAUCUAUUUAAUCUUUUGUAUCUUUUUUCUUUACUCUCUUACAUUUUGUAGGUGAUUCUUAUCUGGAUUUCCCUUUUCAUGUUUUUUCUUCAUUUUUUUUCUUGUUUCUUUUUGACGUCACGAUUCCUGAGCUUGUGUACUUUUCCAUCGACUUUCUUUUUCAUGGCAGUCUCGUCCCACUUUCCUAUGCUCCUGCUCUUGAUUAUAGCUCUCUCUCUCUCUCUCUCUCUCUCUCUCUCUCUCUCUCUCUUUCUCUCUCUCUCUCUCGCUCUCUCUCUCUCACUCUCUCUCUGUGCACAUACAAUAUCCGUAAAAAAAAUUCUUUCCUUAAUCCCUUGUAAGACUAGCCACUUUUAUUCAUUUUCUAACAACUAUAAGCCAUUUUCUUCUAACGAAGCUUAGAGUUGAGCUUAGCUUAGACUGGAUUGUCUUGAAUUUCUUUCUAAAUUUGACUUCAUUGAAACAUAUGUAUGCCAUGUUUACCUGAAUAUAAGUUUCCGUUUUUUGGGAAUAAUAAUUUGGUUAGAAGAAACUUAUAUACAAGGAUCAUAAUGUUAUCGGAUUGGCUCAACAUAAUUUUCCUUGAAAAUGUUUCUUCUGCAUGUUCCUUGAAUUCAGGUGAUAAUUUUUUUAAAUUUUCCAUUAUUUUUAUGGGUUGGAUCAUACAACUCUGAUGAUGAAUCCAAGGGAAAUCAAAUCUUCAUCAGAUUACUUUAUCUUGAUCUCUGCAGGUAGAGACCAUAUGUAGAGAUUUUGGUGUCGUCUGUAUCCACAGGGAAGGCAAGGAUGUUGAUCAACUCAUAAACAACGAUGAAAUUUUAUACCGAAAUAAGGUAUGAGUUCCAAAUUGAUAUGAAAUUUAACCUCAGGUUGAACACAGCCAAGAUCAUGAACCUAGCCUCCUAUGAUCGAAUUAUAUACCCUUUUUGGUUUCUCCGAUCGUAAUCUCUCACCUUGAUGUGAACUUCAGCUUCAGCUGAAGAUGAGCAUUACCAAGACAAAAAUAUUUCUAGCUUCCCGUGAUAGAAUUAUAUACUUAUUGUAAUCCAAGAAUCAUAAACAGUUAGCAUAACUCCGAUAUUCUAUCCCCAGUUCCUCUGAUUUUUUUAGUAAUUCAUUCACUUUGAUAUGAGCUUCAUCUUCAGCUUCAGGAUGAGCACCACCAAGAUCAAGAAUCUACCACCCUAUGUUCUGAUUUAUAUAAUUAUUUUGGUGCUAUAAUCAUGAACAGCGAUCAUAACUCUAGUAUUCUCUCUCAGCUCUACUGAUUUGCUUACAUAACUCAUUCACAUUGGUAUGAACCUCAUCUUCACUUUCUGGAUCAACAUCACCAAGAUCAAGAAUUUACCUCAUAAACAAUAUUAUAACCUUCAUAUUCUCUCCCCACUUCCUCUGAUUUGCUCAUAAUCCAUCUUCAGCUUUCAGAUCAGCAUCAUCAAGAUCAAGAAUGUAGCUCCCCAGAGACGAAUUAUUUAUUUGUUUCUAUUUCCAUCUUGGCAUUUUUCUUUAGGGCAACAUCUUUCCGGUGGAUGAGUUAGUGCCAAACAAGAUCAGUUCUAGCAAAUUAAGGCAAGGACUCUGUGCUUUUAGGGUUUUUAUUUUUCUUCUCAAUUCAUUCAGUUUCUUAACCUGAUUUGACUCUAUGUGGUUUCCAUAUCAGGGAAUGCAUAAGAAGAGGCCUGUCGACCAAGUACCUGACUGCAGAUGAGGUCAUCGAUUACAUCAAGGAGAAGGGUCUCUAUUUGAGCUGA